UGUAGACCAGGAAUACAUUCAUGUUCCCUGAGCUCCAGGAAAAAACAACCCAAGCCCCUCAACUUCUGAAAAGGUUUCUUAAAAAUUACAAUUUCCAAAUUAUUUUACACAAACGGUGUGACCAACACCAGGAGAAGAAAGUAAUAACACAAAAAAACAAGAUAUAGUCAAACCUCACUGUUAUGAAUCGAGGAUGAGUACCACAGAAGACAGCGGAAGCAAGUGCGCGUCGGCCCCGAUUUCCAGCUUUAGUAUUCAGUCGAUAUUGGGUACGACUUCCGAGAAGCCACGUUCCGCGGCGAAAGAGAGUUCCAAGGGAUUGCAUUUGGCGAGAAAGCGCUCGUUGUCGGUGUCUUCCGAAGAGGAGUGCAGCGGUGGGGAGGACUCCGCAGACUGUUUCUGCUCGAUUCCCAGUCACAACGAGCCAUGCAACCAACAUCAACCACUUAAUUUUUCAUGUUUAGGUGCAACAAAGGGACUUAUUUCUGCCCAUGAUGGGAUUGCACGACGACCGCACUUGACACAGCCUCUGCUACAGGAUUAUAAAGAGGAGCAAGAGAGACCAUGUAUUCCAAUAUCGCCUGUUUCCGAGGAGAGACAGACAGACGGUGCAGACAAGCAAAACUCGUCCAAGAAGAAGACUCGUACGGUUUUCUCCCGGAGUCAGGUGUACCAGCUCGAGUCUACUUUUGAUAUGAAGAGGUAUUUGAGCAGCUCCGAGCGAGCCUGCUUGGCAUCCAGUCUACAGCUAACAGAAACUCAGGUGAAGACGUGGUUUCAGAACCGCAGGAACAAAUGGAAGCGACAACUGUCGGCAGAACUUGAGGCUGCCAACAUGGCACACGCCUCUGCACAGACAUUGGUCGGAAUGCCACUCGUUUUUCGAGAUAGCUCCCUGCUCCGGGUACCAGUUCCAAGAUCUAUUGCUUUCCCAACACCGCUAUACUAUCCUGGCAGCAGCCUUCCAGGGUUACCAUUGUACAAUCUGUAUAACAAGAUUGAAUAUUGAUCCAAUGCCUGGUGAUGACAGUUCACAAAAAUAACAUGUUGUACACACUACAGUACAUUCUUACAAAUGUCUGGCAUAACUCAGUCAUGUCUAUUAUAUCACUUUAUUUGAAAAUAUAUAUUUCUUAUAAUACAGCCAUUGUAUGUUUAACAAGAAAGCAAAAGGCUUCUCUAAAUGUAUAAAAUACACCAUGUGUAUAAUAGCCUAAUUAUUUUUUACCUUAAUUUUGCGUUCUUUUCCCCCAUUUAACAAGUUGUACUGGGGGAAUUUACCUGCAAUACAGACGCAAUCAAGUGAACGAAUGCUUCCUAAAUAUUUCUGGAUGCAUUAAAAAAUCGUUUUCAGUUGAAUAUGGUUAUGAAAUAUUGAGGUCCAACUAGCUUACGUUCAUCUGUUAAGAUACUGGAAGAAAUUGAGCGUACACAUUUGGGGAACUGCAAACGCGUUUCUUCCAUUUGGGGAACAGUUCAUUGUUUUUACUGUAAUCAUAGGCCUACCAAAUAAAGAGCUCAUUUAAUAAAUUUUAU